AACUGAACUCACUCAAUCACUCUGCAAGAAUUCCCCCUUCCAGAUUGAAGCAUCCAUUGAAGAAGGAGAAAAAGAAUGUCCUAUUGCAGCUCCUCUUCCUCCUUUAAUGUAGCUUUACUUUCAGUAUUACUUCUGUCCAGCGAAAUCAUCGGAUUCAAACAUGAAAACAUUCUGUCGUCUACUGCGGAGGCGGAGAAAUCGGUGUAUCCGGAAAUGAAGACAUCAAUGAUGCCAGAAAUUGGGGAAAUAGCGGUGAAAAUGAUGAGCGAUAGUAGAAGAAGAAGAUUAGGAAACUUUCAGGUAUGUGCUUUGUGCAAUUGCUGCGGCACCGGCGGUGACAGUUAUUGUUUACCUUCUCCUUGCUGUUAUGCCAUUAAUUGUAAUCUUCCAAACAAGCCUUUUGGUUUCUGUUCUUUCACUCCUAAAACCUGCAAUUGCUUUGGUUGUCAUCUAUAAGGCUUAGUUUGAUUCAAACUUAUUUGUUAUAUUUUAUAUGCAUA